GACAUGAAAUCUGGAAAGACUGGUGACGAACCCUCCCACCCUCUCUUGUCUUGCGACCAAAACUAGUUUCAAGACGACGGGGCGAAAAUAUUUUUAUUUCCCUUGAAGGAACGGAUGAUUGAGGCGUCAACUUCCCGACAUUUCCUCCGACAUCUCCCCUCUCUAGACAAAAGUUUGCGGAUCCUCCAAGAGUUUGGGAAAUAAAGAUUGAUAGAAAGCCUCCUUUUUUUCUGUAGGUGGGAACUUUGAAAACAUGGAUUGGGGGACGGAUCUUUGGGACCAGUAUGAUGGUAUUGAUAAACACACCCAGUCAGGACUGGAUCUGGUGGACCGAUAUGUGAAGUUUGUCAGAGAACGGACCGAGAUAGAACAGAACUACGCCAAGCAACUCAGAAACCUCUCCAAGAAAUACCUUAAACGAGGCAGCAAGGAGGAGCAGGAGUGUGGGUUCACCAAUCACCAGUCAUUCCAGGACAUUGUGAAUGAGCUGAAUGACUAUGCGGGCCAGAGAGAGCUGAUAGCAGAGAACAUGAUGACUGGAAUCUGUGUAGAACUCACCAAAUACCUUCAGGACCUCAAACAAGAACGCAAAACAUACCUGGCCGAUGCCAAAAAAGCUCAACAGAACUUGGAGAUCAGUUUCAAACAGCUAGAGAAUACUAAGAGGCGUUUUGCCAAGGAGUGGGGAGAGGCAGAGAAAGCCACACAACAAGCGGAGAAAAUUGAGAACGACACAAACGCUAUGAAAGCAGAUGUUGAGAAGGUGAAGCAGCAUGCCCAUGUGAAGACACACACAGCGGAGGAGUGCAGGAACGACUACGCCGCCCAGCUCCAGAAAUACAACAAGGAACAGAACACCUUCUACUACACAGAGAUACCGCAGCUGUUUAAUAAGCUGCAGGAUAUGGAUGAGCGGCGUAUCAGGUGCUUGGCAGAGGGCUACAGCCAGUUUGCUGAGGUAGAGAAGAAGGUUUUACCCAUCAUCACUAAAUGUCUGGACGGGAUCAGUAUGGCAGGGCGGAACACCAACGGGAAACAGGACUCCUUGCGGUUUAUAGAACAACACAAGUCAGGUUUUGAGCGACCGGCUGAGGUGGACUUUGAAGACUACAGCCAAGGUAUCAAACCAGCCUCCUCAGACGCCAACCUCAACCAACCUAAAAUACGCACUAAACUGUGGCCCUUCAGCCACAAGAAAACCAAGUUCCAGAGGAUAAAUGCUGACAAGCACAUGUCUCCAGCUGCUGAGGACUUCUCUCACCUGCCUCCAGAACAGAGGAAGAAGAGACUUCAGUCCAAGAUUGAUGACAUCACCAAGGAACUUCAAAAGGAGCUGGACCAGAGUGAGGCAUUAGAGAAGAUGAGAGGUGUUUAUGAACGGAACCCUCAGAUGGGAGACCCAGCCAGUCUAGAACCUCAGAUCACCCAGACCUCGCAGAACGUUGGACGACUCAGAGGACAACUCACCAAAUACGAGUUGUGGCUGGCUGAGGCUUUCAGAGGAGAUGAUUCUACCAACACUGCUGUCAACAACAAUCAACACUGUUCCAUGUCAGCUGAUCCGUCUCAGAACAUCUACUCAGAGUUUGAUGAAGACUUUGAUGAAGAUGUGGAGACUCCUAUAGGAAAGGCUACUGCCCUCUACACCUUCCAAGGGUCCAGUCAGGGGACAGUGUCGAUAACAGAAGGCGAGCAGCUCAGUGUGAUGGAGAACGAUAAAGGAGAUGGAUGGAUGAGGGUUCUACGAGCCAACGGAGACGAAGGAUACAUCCCCUCAUCCUACGUCAAGUUCUAGACAAUACACACACACACACACACACACACACACACACACACACACACACACACGGAUACACCGAUUUAACACACACGGACGGACGGACGGACACACACUCCUUUCAGCCAAGGACUUCCAUUCUGUGUGUUUAAGCAGUACCACCCCUUCAUCUCUCUCUCUACCUCUCUCACUACCUCUACCUCUCUCUCUCUCUACCUCUCUCUCUCUCUACCUCUCUCUACCACUCUC